GUAAAUGUGACCAGACGCAUCCGUGCUCACAGAUAUGCGUAGAGACGGCUGCUAAGAGGUUAAGAUGUGCUUGCUUUCCUGGACAUGUUCUCUCAAGAAAUGGUUUCCUUUGUCUAGGUGAAACCAUCGACAUCGACAGCGACGUGCCUACGACCAAUGGCCUCAUCACGGAUGAUGAGGACUUCGGCGAGGGGAGCGGUUCGGGUGACGGAGAGGGCGGCGAGGGCGGCGAGGGCGGCGAGGACGGCGAGGGCGGUGAGGGCGGUGAGGGUAGCGGUCCUCCAGACCAGACGGCUGAUCUGACAUGUGAUGAUUGGCCAUGUGAGAAUGGGGGUACCUGUUACCUCAGAGGGGAAACCCCCAUGUGUACCUGUGCUCUGGGAUGGGAGGGAGCCAUGUGUGAAGAUACUGUGAACAUCCGCUUCCCUCGUUUCUAUGGCACCUCGUACCUCUCAAUACCGGUACCCACCUCCAAGCUCUACCAGUCCUUCUACAUAACCAUCUCUUUCAAGCCGGAGUCUCUCAAUGGAAGGCUAUUGUUUGCUAGUCAGGAGGAGGAUGGCAAAGGGGACUACAUGGCUGUCGGUCUGGUCGAUGGAAAGGCUGUCUUCAGGUUUGACUGUGGUCAGGGAGCAGCCGUGAUCACCAGCCGGACCUCUAUCACCCUCUACAAGUGGCACACUCUCAAGAUCGGUAGAGAUGCUCGUAAAGGUUGGCUCCAACUCGACGAUGCUCGUAUGGUCAGGGGUUCCACACCGGGUACGUUUUCCAUGGUGACUUUGAAGGGAGACCUCUUUGUCGGAGGGUUCAACACCACUGCAGAGGUCCGUGAUGGUCUAAGGAUCAAGCACAUGUUCCAAGGUUUCAAAGGAUGUAUCGAGAGCAUCGACAUUUCAAACAUGGACUUGGAUCUUAGGCCUUAUCCCAAGGGUUCCAUGCUUGGAGGACAGAAUGUUGGUGAAUGCAGUGAUGGUGUAUGCAAGCAUCAUGUAUGUACCAAUGGGGGAGCAUGUAUCGGCAGGUCACCGGAUCAAGCCAUGUGUCUAUGCCCUCUUGGAACACACGGCUCAGUAUGCGAGGAUGUAAUUGAGAUCCACACCCCAUCGUUCAACAGCUCCCACUCCUCCCACAUCGCCCAUGACUCGCUCGGCAAGAAGCAUCUCUCCUUCCUCCAGAUGGAGAUCAUUUUCAAACCCAAGGAGCCGUCUGGGAUCCUCAUCUACAGCGGUACGGAAUCCAGGGAGGGGGACUUCUUCUCCAUCACGCUGGAUGAGAACUACAUUGGCUUUAAGUUUGAUUGUGGCUCAGGGCCCGCUGUUUUGAGAUCAACCCGGCCAGUAACACUUCAUAAUUGGCACAUUGUGGAGGUAUCCAGAACGGCCAGAGAAGGUAUGUUGAGGGUGGAUAACCAACCUACGGUUACAGCCUUAGCCCCUGGAGCCUUCACGCAGACAUCGUUUGAUACAAACCUAUACAUCGGAGGCAUUGAUGAUAUCGACCUCCUGUCCAGAGAGAUGGCAGUCAAGAAUUCAUUCAGUGGAGAUAUCCAAAGGGUGUUAGUCAAUGAUAACGCGUUAGAUCUGAUCAAUGAGGCCGUGGGCGGGGCUAAUGUCGGUAACGCCCACCAUCCAUGCCAGGGGCGGCCAUGUGGUUACAAUGGAGAGUGCCACCCACUUCAGGAAUACUACUUCUGUGAUUGUAGACUAGGCUUCAAGGGAACCUACUGUGAAAUAGAAAUUGAAGAAACUGUCACAGAACCUAGCUUCAUAGGAAGGAGUUAUCUCUGGUUUGCCAGUAAUGAAAUUACUUCCAGAUUGUCAGGGGAGAGGAACAUGUUCUCCUUUGAACUCCGAGCCACAGAGCCCAACGGUCUGGUCCUAUGGGCAGGUCAUUCCAGUAUGACCUCAGGAAGUGAUUUCAUUGCUAUGGGCCUUGAAAAUGGCUUCCUUUUACUAAGAUUUAACCUUGGAGGAGGGGAGGCAGUCCUAACAAGCAGGAGACCUGUCAACGACGGGGAGUGGCACGUCGUUAGGAUAGACAGGCUAGGCAUUGUGGCUAUCAUGGAAGUAGACAACGACAAUGCAGUCACGAACCAGGCCAGUGGAGAAGACUUCAGGCAACUCAAUGUCAAUGAUGGCUUAUACCUAGGUGGAAUGGAGGACAUGGGUGAGACGACAAUGAACCUCUACUCAGAAGGCAUGACAGGGUGUCUCAGGAACUUCAACAUUGACCAAAGUCUCAAGGUCUUAUCAACGGAACAACCCGACGGCGGCAGGAACAUCAAACAAUGCUCAUAAUCCAUCCAUAAAAAAAGAAAGACUUUUUUCCUCUUCGUGUCCAGCGGCAACAUUUUUGUAUGGCCCAAGAGGGCGAGAAUUCAGUCGCGUCUUGUCGCACAAGCUGUCCAUAGAAAUGCAUCUGAAUUCUGACGUUGACCAAGCUCUGUAAUGAUUUGCUUCAAAUAUAUGUUCCAAGUGUUUAUAUGGAAAGGAGAUCAUCUUUAGUGAGUCAAGGCAAGGCAGUGACGUGAAUACAUUCAACCCUGUCCAAAUUCCCAUGGUAAUGGCAACAGUUCAAAAUGACCAUCAUUAAUGGAGUGACUUUUAAAGGGAAAGUUAUGUCACAUAUCCGUCAGUAUUUUUGUUUGAUCUUGGUGGGAAGAAUUCCUGCCAUUUGGGAGAUCCAUCUUGUUAGUCACUUCUGUAGAAGAGCAAGUUUUAAUGACUUUAAUCCUCCUCAUAUUGCCAACCAGAUCAAUAUCAGUGUCGACUGUUAUAUUUGAAUUAUUGGUAGUAUUUUUAAGACCUUAUAUUUUUGUCAGGGUAAGAUGGCUGUAGUACAGAAGGCUAAAUUACAGUCCAUGUUUCUUUAUAUUUUCUUUCAUUUAAAUCUUAUUAUAAUGUACAAUAUUUAUAUCAACAAGUGUGUAAAGAAUUGUUAUGAGUUACAAUGUGUCAGUUUAAAAUCUGCAUCUACAGUCUUGCGUAGGAAUUAUACUUGGAUCAUCAUGACCAGUAUAUAAAAAUUGCAGAUGAGGCAAUUGAAAACCAUGAAAAGAUCAGUAGUAAUAGUAACAUUUUUAUCAUUUGGAAAAAACACAACUGAAACGAGUCUUGAUCGCCAUUCUUGGAGCCUGAUUCAUUUUAGCAGACUUUUUAACGGCAGAGUUUCUACAAAUACAUCAAAAUCAACUCAAGACAUCUACAUAAUGGUACUAUAUCUCAAAACAGUACUGUUAGAGAUCUUCUCUUGAAACCACCCCUUUCGUCUCAAUAGUGUGUUUUUUUGUAAGGCUUUUCAUUAUUCUACUUACAUCUUGAGAAUCUGAAUUUGAAACUUCAAUUUAUUCAAUGGCAGAUAGGUUUUUUUGUAUGUGUGUGUCUGUAGGCUGAAGUCGAAAGUCAGGCAUUAUUAUGAGUUUUGUAGUUCUACACUCGCCCACAAACAUAUUUCAAACAAUCCUCACUGUCACAUGGCUUUCAUUAAGUUGAAAUUUGUAUUUUCCUUUUUUUAAGAUAGUAAUGGUCAUAAGAAAUGCAAAAUAUCUUAUAAAAAUUAUCACAGUGGAAAAUCAAGUGAAAGGAUAGUUUCUGGAUUUUUAUUUUAAUCUAAGUUUUAAAAUUUGAAAGUACUAAACAUUUUUAAGUAUUUAUAUGUCAUAUGUAACUCAUAAAGUUUGAGAAAUAUGUCAACCUCGAGUUCAAGUAAUUUAAAAUGCCAAAUGAUACUAAAUAAGAACAAGUAGUAAAUGCAUUCCAUUAAUGACGAGUAUUUCAGUGAGAAGGAUUUGAAAGACUUUUAAAAGCCUUUUGAUUAUGUGACAGAUUUCUUGUUUUAUGUUUAUGAUAAGAUUUUUUAACAACGUUCUUAUGGAUAUAUUAUUAAAAGUUGUGAGGGUCAUCAUUUUUAUGCAUAUUAAUCUACAUUUUUAAUGAAAUGUGAAAAUAAGACAGGAGAUAUGAUCAAAAAGUUGUUUAUUGUUGGAAAAAAAUAUGUUCCUCAUUUUGAUUAGCUUUGACCUGAUUAUCAUUUGUUAAAGGAGCAUAAAUGAUACACGGCGUGAAAUUUCAAGAAAAUAUUUAUUUAUGUUUCUUUAUUCUUUUGUUAUCUUGCUGCACAUAAUGCUUCGGACAUAUAUUCCUUCAUUUCAUUAAGUUUAAUUGUAAAAGUUGGAAUUGGUACUUACAUGAGAACAAUUAUUAACUUGUAAUCUUCUUUUUUUAAAGUUGUUAUUGUAUCAGUUCUACAAGAUGUUUCAUAUGUUCUCAUGUACAGCAUUAUUUCCCUUGAAUUUAUCAAUGAAAUUCAAACUUUCAAUUGUGGUAUAUUCCAUGCCUAGUUGUACAAUGGUUUUGUACAGCAAAAUUGUAUGCACAGCAAUAACAUUUCAAAGGUUUGUGAUAAGUAAUGUCACUACCUUUCCAUUUUUUUUUCAAUCAGAAAUAUUAUAUUAUAUUUAAUCAACUCAUUUGUAUUAUUGAGAUGUUAGGUGUAGCAUGUAUAUAAAAUGUGACACAUAAUGCAAAUGAUAUAUGUGUAUGAUUGUAUGUAUGAUCGUGUCUUUGUUUAUUACUCAUUCAAUUUGCCAACCUAUAAUACAUGUACUUGUAUCAAACUUAAAAGCCAACAUUUUGACAUCACCGUGCCUUUGGGAAGAUCAUCAAUUGUAUUAUACUUCUCUUUACUAGACAACAGACAAAAAGAAAUCAGUAUCUUGAUUUUAAAGCUUCAUUGUAUUAUACGUGUUAACUAUUAUUUGCAGAAAUUUCUCAGCAUUAUUUCCAAGAUACUAGUAUGUUGCCAAAAGGUAGAACAAAUGGAAACUCUAGAAAUCAGGUCCAGUUUAAGUACAAUGCAUUUUUCUGCUUUGUUUAUGUUUAUGGUGAAAGUGUAGCGAUUAAACAAAAUAUUUUAUGAUUAUUGUAAAAAUGAAAGUUCAUAGAAAGACCAUCAUUUUAAGUGAAAGUUGCACAUCUGGGUAUUUUUAUUGACAUUGAUGGCACUUUUAGAUUGUGCUUUCCCAAUGAAUUAUGUAUCACUUCUAUAUGAUAUCUUAGUGGUUAAGUAUUUUUCAUUUUAUUGAAUUCUGUAAACCAUCAUACUUUUAAUUUAGCUCAAAGGAAAAGACAAUUUUUAAAACUUUAUCGUAGAUAUAAUAAACAAUCCCUUGCCAUACAUUCAUGGGUGAAUUGUAUUAUUGGGUUAGAUAGUUUGUCAAGAAAGUUGUUUAGCAUAAAAAAUAAAAGUCUUUCUAAUAACUAUAAGUCCAUCAGUAAUAAUAUCAUUCAUAAAAUUUGAACUUUGUUGAUGUAUCUGUAUACAUUUGUUAGCAAGAAAUAUCUCGAUUUAAAUCUAUGUUUGCUUCCUCAACCAUUGGGAGUAUCAAUUCACCUAUUUUCUGUGAUUGAAUUUUUUUUUGUUAAUAUAGUUUUUCUGUUAUGAAUUUCAUCAGACCCAUAGAUACUCUCUUUAUAUAUGUAAUUUCUAUUUGUAUUGCAUGUGUUUUAAUAUUUUUUUUUAUUAGAUUGGAAAAGAAAUCUUAAAAGACCCCCCAAAAUUUAUAUUGAUCACAUCCUGUAUACUAUACCUUUUGUUCUUCUCAUUGUUUUCGAUGUAACAUACAAUAUAUUUGCUUUUUAAGAGUACACUGUUGUCUUUGCUGUGUAUUUUCGUGUAUGAUGGGGUAUGUAUUGGAUACUGUAAAAUCAGAAACCUUUAAGUGCAUGAAACUUUGAAUAAACUAAAAUUAUUUUACUGCAUUGAACUUUCACAAAUCCCAACCGGUUUCAUGCAGCAAAAUACAGUGAAACCUGUAUAUAGAAUGCUCAAGUGAGAAAAGAAAAGUGGUCUUUAUGGGCAGAUGAUAUUUAUGUUGAGGUUCCUUUAGUACAUGUUUUAACUGAGUAAUGAUUUUCACGGGAUACAAACAAAAUUGGUCUUAAUAGAGAGGUAGUCUUUCUAUGCAGGUGUUCCCUAAAGCAGGUUUGACUGUAAUUAAACCAGGGUUAUGACAACAUAGAAUUGAAAUUUUAUGAACAAGUCUUGCUAUGAAAAUGGCUUUCAUUAAAUAUUCACUGAAUUUUCAUGAAGUGAAGGUUUCUAGUUUUACAGUAUUGCAAUACAGUCUGAGCUAUUUAGUGUACCACCAAGUAGAUACAUUAUUAUACACAAUAAUUUGAUAUAGUUUAGUUGAUUUUGUUAUGUUUUGCAAAAUAUAGUCUAUCCUUAAAAAGCCAUAGAUAUAUUUAAUUGCACUUUUACUAUGAAAAUGUCAAGAUACAUACCAAAACUUAAGUGUUCAUUUUGGAUCCUAAAAUGCACAUCAUUUUCUAAGAUGUUGUGCCCUUGUUAGCCAUCUUAAAUGGGGAUUCAACUUUUUAUUUUUCCAAAUUUUAGGGGAUAGCAUUCUUUGUCUCCCCUAAUAUAAUAUAUCUAUAUUUUGUGCUGACAAAUCGAAUAUUGUGGACACAUUGUUUGUUAUGCCCAUAGAAUGUUCAACGUGCCAACAAAAUUUUCUUGAAUUCAACAUCAAUUGGGCAAUGUCCUCUUCCCCUUUUUGCUAUGCCAUUGAAGUCUCCCGUCUUGUAUCGUUGCUCUUACAUAUCCCUUUGGUUUUAAAAGUUGAUAUUUUCCUUUGCAUAAAGUUACGUUUUAAAACUUGUAGUAUUGAUGGAAGUACUUUGUAUUUAGUAUUUGAUCUGAUUUUAGAGGAACAUUAUGUUGUUUAAACUGCAAAUGUAUUUUGUACAUAAUGUUUUCUGAUGACUUCUUUCUGGAUUAGAGAUGAAGAAAGAAUGGCCACAUUUUAA